AUGGUUAGCCGGUACAGUCAAGAAAUCUUUGAUUACGACCAGCAGGUCCGUUCGAUGGAUUGCCACAUCCUUCGACACGAAAAUGCGCGGGUCACUCUUACAUUAUGGAGUGGAGAGACUACUGCUGCUCUUGAAAGAUACAGUUCCGUCCUUGCCCCUAUUCGACGUAUUCCUCGCGACAUUCUACACGAAAUAUUCUAUCACACAAUCGGCACCUCGUCUAAUUUCUUCAACAUCCGUGAGCCUCCCUGGGUCCUCUCCUAUGUCUGCGGUUCCUGGAGAGAUGUCAUAUUGUCCUCCGCCUGGCUCUGGCCACGUGUCAUAUCCAACGCAUCGUUACCCAAACACUCCUUGGAGAUGCUAGAUGUGUACUUGGAUCGUUCGCGAAAUUGUCCCUUGGACAUUUUAUUCGAGUGUAAUGAUUCGUUGUCAAUAUCGGAACAGGUCCUAGAGAUGCUCAUAGAUCAUUCGCCCCGAUGGCGGAGAGUAUGGAUAAAAGCUCCCCAUCAUUUCAUGGACCGGCUUGAUCUGACUAUCGUGCGGAUACCGAUCCUUGAAGAAGUUGAUAUCGAUUUUUAUUUUUGCCUUAUAGACCGAUAUGUGGCGGCCUUUUCUGAUGCGCCAAGACUGAAGAGUGUUACCGCUUCGAUUGGGCUGCACUCAUCUCGCUUUGACCCGCGUAUAACUAGAUAUAAAGGAAAUUACAACGUCGAGGAUGACCUCAAUCAACUGGCUGACUAUCCGUCACUUGUUGACUGCACGUUGAACUUCGCAGAGAUCUACUGGGAAUGGAUGAUACAUUCAGCAAUCUUCAAAUUUCCUAACACGCCUGUUUAUCACUCAUCUAUUCGAUUUCUCUCUGUUGACGCCGUCGACAUGCUCGCGCAUCUCACUCUCCCCGGUCUAGAAGUUCUCUACAUUGGAGAUCGCUGCCUUCUCUUGGCUUCACUCCAAAAACCUCGUCCGCCACCUGAAGAACGGGUUCGAAUAAUCACCGAUUUCUUCACUCGUUCCAGAUGGAAACUGAAGAGCCUGACCCUCAUGGACCUUGAGCUCAUUGGGAAAUACACCUUCAUGGCCGGAAUUCUGAAGCGAUUCUUUACAACCCUCACGUUCCUACAAGUCCAACUCAAUGUCUACGCCCGAGAGUCAUGGGGCGGGAUCUGGGAACUCAUGGAUACUUCCUACCCUCUCAUUCGCACACUUACAAAGAGCCGACUUCAGCAUAUCAUCAUAUACAGCGAAAAUGGGCUGAACAGGUUCGCUCCCCAAGCGCUUUUAGAAAUGGUCGAGUCGCGGAUGCGUAGCCCACAUCCUCUCCGUCGCUUAGAUUUCAUUGCAAAAUGGACCAUCGAUUCGACUUGGGACUUGGAAACCAGGUUCAAGUCAUUUGCAGAGAAAUAUGAUGGGCUGGAGUUAAAUGCGAAGAUAGGAUACCAGGCAUGGUGUCCAGAUUGUUAUGAACAGGCGGAGGAACAUUGCACUACUGUCCUCCAAUUGUUUCCACGUGGAGGAAAUCAGACAGAAAUGAAAUCAGUUUUUAGCAGGGAGAAUCCAGUUUCUGACUUGACGGAAACUGUAUAUGGAAACUUUUUCAGUGCCGUUGUAUACGCGUCAUUGGGUGAUUUUGGUAGGGAGAAUGAGAAUAGGAGGACCCCGAAGAUGACCGCCCUCGCUAGGCUCCGAUACUUGCUGUUCUUCUGA